AUGGCAGGACAGAUUUGGAGACCAAGACGCAAGAGUCCAAGCUGGUGUGAACCUGCAAGUCUGGAGAUCCCUCCGUCUCCAGGAGGUGGCUGCACUCAACAUUGGAGAGGUGACACCUGCGAAAUGACACCACCGCCUGAUUGUCAACAUACUCUGCAUCUUCUGGAUCCCUCCACCGGAGCUGUGUUAGACGAUCCCGAAUAUGGCCCCGUCUGCGCCCAGUCCGACACUACGCGUGAAUUCGAGUGCAGGAUUCAAAACGCCAGACCUGGGGUCUGGAAGUUCACAUGGAUGCUUGGGAAUCAGACGAUCGCUACUAAAAGCGAGGCACGGACCGGAGCUGGGCUUGUCAACGUGAGCAGCUGGCACAUCGUGGGGAACCCUGGCAACGAGACUCGAGAAAGUAACCUGACGUGCCUUGCAACGAGCAGUGAUCAGUCACUGAGCACCAGAGUGCUGAUAACGUCUUGUGCAGGUGAAAAUGGAGUGUUGAUCGUCAUAGUAACUGUUGUCAGUUGUCUAAGCACAUUGGUUGUCUUGGCAAUCGUGAUGUGCGUCAAGUUUCUAAGGAACCAAAGAGAACAGCGUAGUGUUCAGAUCAAACGUGACGUGCGAUUAUCAGUCGAAACGGAUGUUGCUUCGGACCAGGAUACUUUAGGACAAGAUCAAUCAGAGGUCGGCAAGUCAUUGGAGGUGAAAUAUGAGGACAGAAUUGAACCACAAGAUCCACAAAAACGGGAGGACAGAAUUACACCACAAGGAACACACAAAUACAAAGACACAAUUACAUCGCAAGAUCCACACAAAUACGAGGACAGAAUUACACCACAAGGUCCGCACAAAUACGAGGACAACAUUUCAGAGCAAUGUUCUCACAAAUACGAGGAUAGAAUUGCACCAGAAGGUCCACACAAAUACGAAGACACGAUUAAAUCGCAAGGUCCACACAAAUACGAGGACAGAAUUGCACCAGAAGGUCCACACAAAUACGAGGACAGAAUUACACAACAAGGGCCUCACAAAUACGAGGACAGAAUUACACCGCAAGGUCCACAAAACUACGAGGACAAAAUUGCACCACAAGGCCCACACAAAUACGAGAAGAGAAUUUCCAAGCAUGUUGCACACACAUACGAAGAUACCAGCAAUCUGCAGGAGAAAACACCAAUGCUACCUGAUAGUGGUGAUGGAGAAAACAUUCUACCCCCUUGGGCUGAGAGGUGGAAGGUGCCUCGCUGCGACCUCAUCAUGGAUGAGCGAGUCCUCGGCUGUGGGAACUUUGGCGAGGUGCGAUCAGGUGGUGUGAUGAAAGAUGGAGAACUGACAAGGGCUGCGAUCAAGAUGCUCAAAGGCCAUGCAUCGACGAGUGAGAGAGAUGAUUUCAUCAAUGAACUCCACACGCUGACCUCUUUUGACCACCACCCUAAUGUCGUCUUGCUGCUCGGCGCAUGUCAGCAUCGGCAGGUGUUGUACGUCGCGUUGGAGUAUCUUCCCCGCGGUGAUCUGCGCAGCUACCUGCGGACGGUUCGCUCACAGUCAGACUCAGACGAGGAUGCCUUGUCUUCCGAUCAGCUGGUGAAGUUUGCCCUGGAUGUUGCCAAGGGAAUGGAACACCUUGCUAAAGCGGGGGUGAUCCACCGAGAUUUGGCUGCCAGGAACAUCCUACUAUCUGAAGGGCUGACAGCUAAGGUUUCAGACUUUGGACUGUCCAGAGGGGAGGAUAUCUACGUCCAAACAUCAAAGAGACGAUUUCCAGUCCGCUGGUUGGCUAUUGAGUCAAUCAGGUAUAAGAGGUACACGACAAACAGUGAUGUGUGGUCUUUUGGCAUUCUCUUGUGGGAGAUAUCUACAAUUGGGGGAACCCCCUAUCCGACCACUAAGAGCGAGUCACUGGCCAGGAAGCUGAAGGGAGGAUACCGUAUGCCCAAGCCCAGCAACUGUGACGACAAGAGUUACGCCCUAAUGCGUAAGUGCUGGGAAGAGGAUCCGAACAAAAGACCAAGUUUCUCUGAACUGGUUUCUACCCUAAGUGACAUGGGUGACAGCAAAAUUCAACAUACCUAUUUUUCGUUUGGCCGAGUGCGUUACGAGAAUUUGAGUGCAAUUCGGCCCGAGUUUGAUGACAACUGA